GCUCCGCCGAGGGCCGCGCAUCGGCCGCCACGGACCAGGGGAGACUUGACCUGCCCGACUGAUCGCACACAAUUGUUCUGAGAUCCCACCGGCCAUCCCUUGUGUCUCUUGUAGGACUUGGUGACGUGACAGUGUGGCUUAGAAAGUACAGAAAGGGAGUGGCGGAGGCUGGACCCCGAGCACAGGGCGCUGGUGUUCCACAGAAAUGUGACUUCUGUGGAGCCCGGGGUUUGAAUCCUGCCUCAGUCCCUCACCUGUGCCUGGGAGUUGCUGCCGGACGCCUCCCUUCCUGCGGCUCAGCUACGCAUUCUGAGGCGCCUCGGCGGCCCGGCACAGGACGAUGGGUGAGGAUUCCCGGCCACAGGAGACGGCGGCCACCAGCUCCCCCAGGGCCGGAGAGCCAGGCCCCGAGGUGCAGCGGCCCGGGCAGUCGGCCGCGCGCGGAGCGAGCCCGCAGCAGCUGCCGGUGGAACAUCACUUCGCGUGCAAAGAGUGCGGGGCCGCCUUCCGCCUCAAGGUCCUCCUGGUGCAGCACCAGAGGGUGCACAGCGAGGAGAAGGGCUGGGAGUGCGGCGACUGCGGGCGCGUCUUCAGGGGGGUGGCCGACUUCAACGAGCACCGGCAGAGUCACGUGGCGGCGGAGCCCCGGCCGGGCCCCAGCCGGGCGGCCGCGGCGCUGGAGACGGGCGAGCAGAUGGAGCGCGAGGCCAAGCCCUUCGCCUGCGAGGAGUGCGGCCGGCGCUUCAAGAAGAACGCGGGCCUGAGCCAGCACCUGCGGGUGCACAGCCGCGAGAAGCCCUUCGCCUGCGAGGAGUGCGGGCGCGGCUUCAAGGUGCACACGCACCUGGCCCGCCACCAGAAGCUGCACGCGGCCGAGACGCCCUUCGCCUGCCGCGCCUGCGGCCGCGACUUCCCAGACCGCCAGGAGCUGCUCAAGCACCAGCGCGCGCACCGCGGCCACCCGCCCUUCGACUGCGACGACUGCGGCAAGUCCUUCCGCGGCGUGGCCGGCCUGGCCGAGCACCAGCGCAUCCACAGCGGCGCCAAGCCCUACGGCUGCCCGCACUGCGGCAAGCGCUUCCGGCGCAGCUCGGAGCUCACCAAGCACCGGCGCAUCCACACGGGCGAGAAGCCGUACGCGUGCGGCGACUGCGGCAAGGCCUUCCGCCAGAGCUCCAGCCUGCUGGAGCACCAGCGCAUCCACACGGGCGAGCGGCCCUACGCGUGCGGCGACUGCGGCAAGGCCUUCCGCGGCCCGUCCGACCUCAUCAAGCACCGGCGCAUCCACAGCGGACUGAAGCCCUACGAGUGCGGCCAGUGCGGCAAGGCCUUCCGCCGCAGCUCGGGCCUCAGCCGCCACCGCAGGACCCACAGCAGCGCGCGGCGCUGCGAGUGCAGCCAGUGCGGCCGCGUGUUCCACCGGCGCUCGGCGCUGCAGAAGCACCAGCCCAGCCACCAGGAGUAG